UUGCAUUCCAUCAUGGCGGACAAAGCGACGUACUGUAGCAGACUACUUCUGUCACUUAUUGCAAAAACUUAAGCAGAGCAAGAAUGAAAUAAGCACCAUGACAGACAACAUGAUGACAGUUGAAGAUACUUCAACAUUGCUUGGUGGCAAACCACCAGGUACUCCCAAAAGAAAGAAAAAGGGCGCACUUGCAAAACUUGCUGAGAGAAAACGACGAGCAUCACUUGUUUCAGAAGCAGAAAGCAACCUAGGAUCAGUACUGUCAGUGAAAGAAAAAGCUGCCAGUACAGAUGAAAAAGGUUACUCAAAGAGUUCAAGUGCAAGAAAUGAAGUGAUCACAUCUACUGAACCCUGAAAUGUUUAUAUUGAACCAGUCGUUGUUGUACAACCCAAUACACCUGUUGGUGUUGAUGCAGCAAAGCCCAAGCCUAAGCCAAGGAAGGUGGCCAGAAACAGUGAAGGCCGUGUAUCCCCAGUCGGAAUGGAGAUAGAUGAAAUGGCUUUAUCAGAUGAUGAUAAAGAUUGUUUGCAAGGAUCUCAAACUGAUGCAACUUUACACAGAUUCAGAAAUCUUAGAAUGGCUACCGAGAGAUCUGGGUCAGUCGAAUCUCUGAAAAGUAGCCCUUUUGUGCCCAAACCACCUUCCACUCCCAAAAAGUCUGCAAGGGGAUCAUCAUCUAAAGGAGAGAAACGGACCAGGGAUCCCAACUCCUCUGGGGAUGAACCCGAUCAGGGACAUAAGAGACUUGUUUCCCAGGGGCUUGAAGAUUUUAAUGUGAAUGCGAAUGAUUCCAAUGGUGCUAAUAAUAUUGUUCAAAGCAGUUCUACAGACAAUUCACAACUCCAAGACUCAACUGUGCCAAAGUCAAGAAGAAAAUUAAGGGAACAUUUGAAUAAAGAAUUUGACAAUGCAGACUUUAGUUUUGGACAUUCAGUGAGUGAACCAAAGUCUGAGGUGGUAAUAGGAUCUAUUUCAGAUCUGAAGGCUGUCUCAGACCAGUAUGAAAGUAUUCUCUCAAUGGAUGCCAAGGAAAAGACUCGAACCCCUCGGUCAGCAAGGCUGCCUCCUGUAUCUCCAAAAUCACGCCCACCUCCUCUAGGACAGAAUAUAGCCUCGAAAUCUUUAAGGACAACAUAUAAAUCUGAUUUGUAUCCAGAAAAAUUUAUGUCAUCUCAGCAAAGCAACCUAGACUGCUUAUCUGAAAGAUCGUUUGUUUCUUCCAGUGUUAUGACAGCUAUAACCACCAGACAAGCCAGGGAAAGGAACUUCCUGGUGGGCAACUCAAGCACCCAGUCGUUGCUGGGCAGCGAAGAGCUGGAGCGUUACUUCCCUUCCAAGGAAGUCCACAUCUUUGUUGGCACAUGGAACAUGAAUGAGAUCAAGAUAGUUCCAGAUAACAUCAAUGACUUCCUCCUGCCGCAGACCUCCAUGUAUGUUCAGGACAUAUACUGUGUGUGUACCCAGGAGAAUGGCCUCAACAAGAGAGACUGGGAGGUGAAGAUCCAGGAGACCCUGGGGCCGUCUCACGUCAUGUAUCACUCCGCGUCACAUGGCUCACUCCACCUGGCAAUCUUCAUCCGUAGAGACCUCAUCUGGUUCUGUUCUGCCCCAGAGGACGACUUUGUGACAACACGUGCCAUGACGAUGGUGAGGACGAAAGGCAGCAUCGCAUGCUGCUUCUCUAUGUUUGGUUCAUCCUACCUCUUCUUGAACUGCCACUUUACACCUGAUGUGAGUAAGAAGAAGGAGCGUCUUAAUGACUACAUGAAGAUACUCCAAGGCAUCAAACUGCCCAAGUCUUCCUCCAUGGGUACCCCCAGAUCAGGUGAUUCCACCAACAACUUCGACAGCGUCUUCUUCUGGGGUGACCUCAAUUUCCGCAUCGAGAGGAAGAAAGCUGCUGUGGAGGGGAUGGUGGACCACAUUGAAGACCAACAAUUUAAGAACUACGAAAAUCUCUUGGGAGGAGACCAGCUCUCCAAGUUUAUGGUGGAAGGAAAAAUAUUUCAAGGUUUCCAAGAGGGAAGGAUAAAUUUUCAGCCGUCAUACAAGUUUGACCCCAAAACUGACCAGUAUGAUACAUCCCACAAAUCCAGGAUUCCCUCUUACACGGAUCGUAUAUUGUUCCGGUGUAAGAAGAAGAACUGGGUCCAAUGUGUGCAGUACGACUGUGUGAUGUCUGUCCGCCACUCCGACCACAAGCCGGUGUUUGGUGUGUAUGAGACCUGCAUCAAGGCUGGGAAAGAAGGGGCUCACUUGUCAGGUGGACAGUUUGAUAGAUCAGUAUACAUGGACGGCAACAAGAAGCGAGCUAUGCACAUGGUCAAUGGAGAGAGGUCUCAAAAAGCCAGUUCAGUGUGCUCCAUACAGUGACAUUAGGAGACAGUGUCCUAGUUCUUGUACAACGAAGGUUCACACAUGUAGUUACACACAGAUGGAACUGGUUUCCUGUAAAUCAUGAAGAAAUUAUCAUUUUCAGCAUAUUAGUUUUAUAGACUCAGUUAGCAUAUUCAUGUUAUUUUGUUGAAUCGGAUUUGCAUAUUUCAACUGUUGUUGCAUAAAGGUGACUAUUUUAAAGGUUAUCUCCCUUUGUUCAGAUGCGAUAGAUUAUUUUCAUUUGCCUCAGCACAAAGGUUCUCCAUUUCAUUAGCAUGUUGUUGUAUUGCAGUCAUCUGAACUGGGGCACCGAGUAUCAACCUGGAAAAUGGCUGGAAGAUAAGCUGUGAUAUUUUGUAGUAUAUUUUCAUAACUAUGAAUUUUUGUGAUCAGUAUUUUGGUGUAUGCUGACUGGUGUUGAAUUGUUCCCAGUGUUGGUAGUUAAAGGGAUGUAGCAGUUGUCAUAUGUUAGUGAUGUCAUGCCAGUGAAUGCUAUCUUGUGCCAGGGGGUUCAGGGUACUGUCAAGGUUUGGUUUAUGAAUAGAGGGUGUUCAACUUAAUGUAACCUGAAUAUUUGCUAUAAUGGCUAUAGGGAAAUACAUCGAAAUGUCUUUAAGCAGUUAGCUUCAGAUAUUUCUCGUGUAAGCUAUUUAUGAUAAAUACAGUACUGACAAAGGACAAGUGACACCAUACUUUAUCAAGAUAUAAGGGUGAGGUGUAACCGUCACCAAGGGUGACAAAGCUUAGGUCAACUUAAUCCACAUCAUACAAAACUUGCUAUGCCCAACAGAAAUGAUGAGUGUAUAAUGAUAAUAAUUAUUAAUAAUUGGCCACUUAUAUAGCGCUGAACUCCACGCUGCAGGGACAUGCUCUAAAGCGCAUACAGCAUCAUGGACAUUAUUACCCCAGAUAAUCCAAGCUGUCUGCAAGGCUCUGGAAGGUUAAUGCGACUUAUACCAACAGGUACCCAGUUUUCUGCUGGGUAAACAGAGGCAAUUUUGAACAAACUCACUUGCCUAAGGUUGGCCCACAUAACACAUCUACAAAAAUAUAAUGGCCCUGCUUUUUUUAUCUGGAUUUGUACUUUCAGUUUGUGUGAUGCAGAAAUCGGAUAUCCUGGUCAGAGUGCCUUGCUCAGUCAUACUGGGAAUUGAAAAGCCUCAUCUCUGGUGGCUUAUCUGUCAUUCAUUCUGCCUGAAUUCAGUUUUUAAUGUUACCUCCAUUUGUCCAAAUCACAGUUCCAGCAAGUCUUUACUGAACAUGGUUUGAGUGAAAACAGCAGGCGCAGUUAAACCAGAAACCAUGUUGUUCAGUAGAUGUUCCUUCUCAUUCAUGCAGUGUGUUGUUAUCGAACUGGUUUACUGCAGAUGCUGUCUGUGUCCCCUUGCUUCUUUCUCGAGCAAUUAGAAAAGCAAUUGAACAUAACUUACUGUGAGGAUUAGGGUGAGAAUUAUCUACAUUCUACUGGCAUUAAUUUGUCUGACAGUUAGACGUUGAUGGAUGUCAAAGCAGACAAAUAUUGGGAUAGAACUUAGU